CAUCGCACCGUGAUUUUUGACAUUGGAUGGUGCAAGGCUGGUCUUUCGGGGGAACAGGCACCCCAUUCAGUUAUUUCUACUGUUGUGGGAUACCCCAAAUUCAAACUUGUCAAGCCUGGGGUGAGUCGUAAGGGCUGCUAUACAGGGGAAGAAGCCCAGCCAAAAAGGGGCGUUUUGUCUUUUGCUUACCCAAUGGAAAAUGGGGUAGUUCCAUCCUGGGACAACAUGGGGAAGAUCUGGAGAUACCUCUACGAUCAUGAACUCAAAACCGUGAGAAGCCAAGCACUGCUGACCCAGACCCCUCUCAAUCCUUUGACCCACUGAGAAAAAAUGACUGAGAUGAUUUUUGAAAGCUGCCAGGUGCCCGCCCUUUCCGUGGCCCUGCGGGCGUUAACAGCCCUCUAUGCCUGCACCUGCACAGCUGGGCUAGCGCUGGGUGGGGAUGGUGUCACCAUCGUGGUCCCCGUCUACAAAGGCCAUUACCUCUGUCAUGGCAUUACCAGGCUGGAUUUUGGCAGAGGUGUAACCAGAUAGCUUGCUAGGCUCCUCUGGGAGACCGGGCACUCCGUAAGCACAGCAGAGAGAGAAAUUGUCAGGGAUAUGAGGGACAAGCUGUGCUACGUUGCUUUAAAUCCUAGCCAAAAUAUGCAGGGAAAGCCUGAAAAACUUACAUGCAAGUGCAUUCUCUCUGACGGAAGGGCUGUCAAGGCAGGAGACCAGCCGUUCCAAGCUCCUGCAGCGCUUUACGUGCCCGCAGAGGCAGAAAUCCCAAGGUCGGGGACGGUCUUCCAGAGCAUCGUCAAGUGUCGUCAGCGUAUCCCGUGCAACAUCCUAAAAGUGCUGUUAUUGGGUGGAUUGACUCUUUUCCGAGGUUUCAAGGAGAGGCUCCUGAAGGAGCUCCAGACAGGAGUUCCCAACACAACUCAUGUCAAGGUCAACUCGCCCUACUCCGUGUGGGUCGGUGCUUCCAUCCUUGACAGCUUAAGAACCUUUAGGAAUGUUACCAGGGAAGACUAUAACGAGGCUGGACCAACAGUACUCCAGAGAAAAUGCUUUUGA